AAUUUUGCUUUAUCACUCAGCGACUAUAUAAAUGUCUACAUUGGGUGGGGUCUGAAGAGUCUUGGGGCCAGUUUUAGCCCACCCAGACAUGCUAAUAUUCUGCGCGAGUUCUCAGAAGUCGAUGCCUCUGGCAUGGUUGAGAUGUCGGACCCAACGCCGCUUGAAGAGGAGGCUUUGCGUGAAGCGCAGGAGGCAAGACGUCUUGCCAAGGAGGCGGCGGCAGAGGCAAACGAGGAGCAGGAAGAGGAGGACGCCCAGGAUGCGGAUGACGCUGAUGAAGCGUAG